UAUCCAAGUUCCUCAACAAGGACGACCUUUUCUCCACGUUACUCAUCUACUGGUUUCACCUAUCCAAGUUCCUCAACAAGGACGACCUCUUAUUCACGUUACUCGACAACUGGCUAUACCUAUCCAAGUUUCUCAACAAGGAGGACCUUUCAUUCACGUUACUCAACAACCGGUUUCACCUAUCCAAGUUCCUCCACAAGAACGACCUCUUAUUCACGUUACUCAACAACUGGUUUCACCUAUCCAAGUUCCUCCACAAGGACGACCUCUUAUUCACGUUACUCACCAACUUUAACUUUCCCAACAACUAGUGGCACUUACUCUACAAGUGUGACUGACAUUCAGUCAAGUUUCCCAUUUGUAGACAGCACGGAUGCAAGUUCCCGUUAUUCGAAGACCUACUCAAGUGCACUCUAUAGCUCUGCGACCUACGAAACAACGACUACUUCAGAACCGACUACCACAGCAUUUGUGGAUGGCUGUGCUGCGUACUCACCUUGUCUGAAUGGUGCCACUUGUACGACUGGUGCAAGCAGCGGAGCUUUCAACUGCACCUGUGCGACUGGCUACUCUGGAGACACAUGUACCGAGGAAAAGACUAUCAUGCCCUAUGCUGACGCCGACUACAGUGUUACCGGUGAUGACUCUUUGAGCUAUGGAGUUUACCUUCCUGGAGGUAUGCCUUUCGGAUCAGAGAACGUUCAAAGACUAUUUGUCAGCACCAACGGUUACGUGGUCUUCGAUCACCGAUACUACAGCAUCUCUCCAUCAACGUCUUCAUUCCCCGCACCGUACGGCAAACCGCUCAUCGCCCCCUACUGGACAGAUCUUGACGCACGCUAUACCAACGUCAAAUUUGACGUCUACCACGACCGAACGUCGAAGAGAAACCAAAAUUACAUCAUGGCGGCUCUUGGGAACUACGUCAAGAAUUUUAAUUCAUCUUACAGUAGCUUUAGCCCCAACUUGGCUGUUGUCGUCACGUGGCCUGAAGUUCCCCCGUAUCCAGCAUUCACCUAUCGUGGAAUUGAGAGCGCCACUAUCCAGCUCUCGUUGGUGACCGACGGCACUGAUUCCUUCGCCAUCUUCAACUACUACAACAUGACCUUGACCCCUACCACGUUCUGGCGUCGAGUCGGGAUUGGCUACACCAGCUCGUCGCGAUAUGGCGCGUCUUUCUACGAGAAGAACGCCCUGUCUUUUACUACUGACUCGUACAUCAUUGAUACCAUAGCUGGAAAUACCGGCGUGGCAGGAAAAUGGAUCUACAAAAUCAACUCUGCCUCCAGCGGAUCUUUCACGCCAGCUCGAAUGUGCUUCAGUUGGCACAGCCAACAGACCGCCUUGAUCGCCCGGAACACUUGCCCGAAUACACAUUGGCAGGCAAUGGUCGACUUUCGUUACCGUUACAUGCAUUACAUGUACUAUAAUGGGUACAAUAUGGACCCAAGGGUAUAUUGCUUCAUCCAGAGGUUCAUGCGAUAUGACUGGGCUAGCGGUCAAUGGAUCCGUGAGAUGUGCUGUUACGACAUGAUUUACGGAUCACUGGAAACCAAGAGUCCCAACGCUGGAUCAGCCAUUUCUAGCCUUACCAACGAUUUGACAGGGAAGUCCCUCUGCUGUUUUCAAUCAAACUUUUGCCACCUGUACUAUGAGAUGAGGCCCAUCUCCUACAGCACGUCGUACCGGAGAAUGUUCUUCACCUGGAUGUGGGGAGACCCUCAUAUUAAGACACUCGACGGGGCCUCCUACACCUAUAACGGUCACGGCGAAUACCUGAUGAUGCAGACUACAGACACCACCACCAUGAUCGUCCAGGCCCGUAUGGAGGUUGCCGAAAGUGGUGUAAAUGCCACCAUAUUCACCAGUUUCGUAGUCCAGAGUAACCAGUCGGACAUCGUCCAGGUCAACCUUAACCAAGCCAGAGAUGCCAUGUUGAUCUACGUAAACGGAGGUGCCAACAACUACACCAUUGCUGACUUAGCAAACGAAACAGAGCAUUUGGGUGUCAGUCUGUCCAAUGCAGCCAACGGAUCUCUGCAAAUUACAUUUGAGACUGGAUUUGGUAUAAAGUUGAAGAUAGGUUACAAAGCUCUGGAGGCGGCGGUCCAGGCUCCUAAUGGUUACGAAGGUUUGAUCGAAGGUCUGUUGGGGAACUAUGAUAGUGACAGUACCAAUGACUACGUGUUCCGGAACGGAACCAUGAUCAGCAGUAACAGUUCUGAGAGAGAACUUUACGCAUUCGGAAAAACAUGGCAACUGACCAAUGAGUUGGAUUCCAAAUUUACAUAUUUCGGCAACGAGUCGUUUGUUGGCUUCCACAACAAACCCGCAUUUACCCCAGUAUUCGCCGACGAGUACAAGGAUAAUCUGUUGUCCUUGUUCAAUAACGAUACAUCACUGUUAGCCGCAGCAAACUCGACCUGUUAUGGGAUAUCUAGCUACAUGUCGUGCAUGUAUGAUGCCGCAAGUCUGGGAACAAUAAACGCUGCUAAAAGUGCUGUCUCACAUACUGAAGAUGCCGACAACCAAGAAAACACUAUGAGCAACAAUCCACCGACCUUCUCCACGAUGAACUCAACCUUGACUCUGUACCUGAAUUCAACCAGCAACCUCACUCUAAACGCAACAGACCCAGAAGGAGGUAAAGUGACCUUCAAACUCUCAGGCAACUCGACGGAUGUCGCAACAAUUGACGAUGUCUCCGAUACUCUUUCCAUCACUCCGGGAGGCAACCCGUUCUUCAUCACCGUGCUGGCAGCUGAUUCGGCAGGAUCGUCGUCGGCAUGGCAACCAAAUGUUUACGUCUGUGAUUGCCUGAAUGGUGGAGCCUGUGAUUUUUCGUAUGUGGACGAACCAUAUUCGGAAAGUAACUCAGCUAAUUAUUACGGAGCCGAAUGCACGUGUAUAAACGGGUAUGUCGGGGACAAGUGUGAGACAAGCCCGUGCGAUGCCGAGCCCCUCCCGUGCUAUGAAGGUGUUGUCUGUAGUCUAGUGGACGGAGCGGUGACAUGUGGUGCAUGCCCGACCGGCUUGAAAGGCGAUGGAAACAAAUGUUAUGAUGUUAACGAGUGUAUUGAAACCCCAAACAUCUGCGAGGAUGUCUGCACCAACGUUAUGUUCAGUUACUCGUGUUCCUGUACCAAGGCUGGCUUCGAGGUGUCAACAGCCAACAGCAGCCUGUGCGUGGACGUGGACGAAUGCGCCUAUGGCUUAGAUGACUGCAACGCAACCCUCGGGGAGAUCUGCGUUAACACGGCUGGCAACUAUAGCUGUGAAUGUAAAAGGGGAUAUGGAAAGGACGCUGACAAUUAUUGUAUCGACAUCGACGAAUGCACCGUCGGCAGCCAUGACUGCGAUGCCAACGCCAACUGCACAAAUAACGCCGGGAGCUGGUCUUGCUCAUGUAACAGCGGGUACUACGGAAACGGUACCUCUUGCUCUGACACGGAUGAAUGCGCGAACUCUGCCCUUAAUGACUGUCAAAUGUUCUGCAACAACACAUUAGGUAGCUUCAACUGCAGCUGUACGAGUGGAUACGAGUUGAACAACGACGGCAAAUCAUGUAUUGUUGCUGCUGGUAGUGAAUGCAGUGGUGGCAAUACCUGUAACCAACUCUGCGCAAUCCAAAAUGGCGUCGACACUUGCAGUUGUUACAGCGGUUAUGAACUGGACUCGAUGGACAAUACCACUUGCAUUGACAUCAACGAAUGCAACCUCGUCGUAAACCCUUGUACACACAUCUGUACAAAUAAGAUUGACGGCUACAAAUGCUCGUGCAAUUCCUCCGGUUAUUCUUUAGCGAACGACGGCUACACAUGCGAGAACAUCGAUGAGUGCACCCUGGGUACAUCUAACUGUGCCGCCAACACGAGCACAUGUACCGAUAAUGAUGGCAGCUAUUCGUGUGCCUGUAACAGCGGUUACAGUGGUGACGGAACAUCAUGCACAGAUAUUGACGAGUGUAGAACCAGCGAUUGUUUGGCGAACGCAAACUGCUUCAACUACCCAGGAAGUUAUAAGUGCCAGUGCAAACUCGGCUAUUAUGGCAACCCCUACACUGCCUGCAAUCUUGCUACACAUGCCUAUACCGGCAAGUUCAGUUUGACCGCGACAUUCGACAGCGCUCUCAGCGACACUACCACAACCGCCUAUCACACACUUGCACAAACCAUUGAGGACAGGCUUUUUAGUCAUUUUCUGACUUACUUCGCAGUAACAUUUAAGAACGUAACAAUGGUAGGAUUUAGCGCUGGAAGUACUGUCGCCAGUUUUUCGCUCACCUUUGGCGCUGGCACUAGCAUCUCCAGCCCGACCUUAAGCAGUGUAAGAACUACUCUCGGCACACUCACCUCCAACUCCGGUGGCAGAUGCUUCAUACCAGGAAUCGGAGCAUCCGUGUGUUCAAGCGUCUCUUCAGCUGAUUUCGACGAAUGUAGCAACAAGGCUCACAACUGUACGGCUUCCAACACAAAGUGCUCCAAUACUGUUGGAUCUUAUGACUGCGUGUGCGUCUCGGGCUAUACAUCGACGGGAACAGACGCGAAUGGAAAUCCCAUCUGUGGCGAUGUCAACGAGUGUUUGUCGACCUGUACUCUUGCCCACAGUGAAUGUACCAACUCCAUCGGGAGCUACACUUGUUCAUGUGCCUCCGGGUACGUCAGCAAGGACCCCGAGAACGUGGCAUGUUUAUAUGAUGCCUGCGAUUCGACCCCAUGCCAGAAUGGCGGCGCCUGUCAGUCCGAUUCUUCACAGUCAAGCGGUUACACUUGCAUUUGUCCGAGUGGCUACUCCGGCGAUAACUGCGAAACUUACGAAAAAGUCGCUUCCAACACCAUAGUUGCCAUUGUGGUGGGUAGCGUCCUUGGUAUCAUUGCCUUCAUCCUGAUUACGAUUCUGGUCAUCCUCCGAGCCACCGGAAAACUGUCUUGUCUCAGACCAAAGAAGACGAUUGAGCCCAUCGGCUUGGUGAAUGAGGACCCAGUUGUUUCCAUGAGCAAGCAGAACCGCGGUUUUACGAUCGAUUCGUACACGAGUGAGUCGGACACUCCGGUCACACAGAGGGACGUCUCUCGACAUGGUUACCCCAGCGAGAAGGCGAUGUAUGUUGAGGAUAUGAUCCGGCAACACCCUGUACCCAUGGUACCUUCGACUGCUGCCGCAACAGUCGCAGAUGGCCAUCAUCCCAUGCAGGUUGAUGAGCGUCCCAAUACUGGACGGGCGGCCAGUGCAGGCAAGCAGGGAUCCAUUGCCGCAGGGAUGGUGGUAGCUACUGGCAAUGUUGGACGUGGCAGUGCCUCAACACAAGGAAGGCCAAGCUCGAGCAACAGACGGACCUCUAAUGCCUCUGGAAAGGUUGAACAACACAGCCCCGAUGUUGCCUCCACGCCAGUCGGAACUAAAACCGAGUCGGCACUCGGUCAGGGCGGAAGUGGGUCACUGCUACCCACGGAAAACGAACCAAACUUCUUUGACGUUAGGGGGAAUGCUGAAGUAAGGAUACCGUCUGCUAACGCCAACGCUGCUCAGUCGACCAGACCAGGAUCGGGGACGUACAUGUAAUUAGUGAGUGUGACAUCGCCAAAUGCCUCCACGAAAAAUGAAACUGACGACCUUAAGGGAUUUGCUGUUCUUGCAUGAUUUAUUUUGGAGGGAAUUAAAUCUUUUUGAAUAAUAUUAUCAAUGUAUCUGUAUUUUUUAACUACUGUUCGAAGUCCACAAUGCGAACUACAUUUGAAGCCAGAUGAUCAAUUCGAUGUUUUGCUAGUACAGGAAGCAUUGGAUAAGGAGAGCGGAUGUGUCCCUUCCUAUCCAACACUGAGCAAAACAACAACGAAUUGUCAGGAGGGCUUUAGUUUUGGAUGCUGUUCUGACAUGCAAAACAACUUACUCUUUUUACUUUUAUGAGGUCAUUUGUUGAAGAGUGUCCGACUUUUAACCAAUGCGUCGUGGUUCGAGGCUUAGCCAGUGACACUCGGUAAUUUUAACUGGCCAGAAACGGACCUGUGUUGCACUGUAUGGUCGCUACUUGGUAUAUACCGAAAUGUUUCUCGACUAGUGUUCAGGAGUCAUUGUUCACAUGUAACUCAACAUACCUUACAUAAGUGUAAAUAGAGUAUUUGCAAACCCUUUGGAUACAGGGAUAUUGGUAACAUAUAUAUAUAGUUCAGUCUGGUGUGCGCUAGUAACUUUUUUGAUAUUCUUAAAACCGCUAAAUCUUUGUGGGAUUUUAUGUUCGUGGCUUUCGCUGUUAACCUCGAUUGGUUGAAAAAAAAUUGAUUGGAAAAACUAAAAGGACUUUCAAAGUCUGCCAGAAUAAAAAUCAUAGAAGUUUUAUUCUGUUUGAGAUAUUUGCGAAGAUUUGACGGUUUGUGUAGUAGUAACAUGCCAUAAACCUAUAAAUAUUUUGAAACAUUCUUAAUAUGUUGAGGUUUUUUACAAGCUUUCUGUGAUAGCAAGUACAUGUACAUGUAAUGUUGAGUGAACCAAAAAGAAAAUAUUAAUAGAUGGACAUUAUUCAUGUUUCUCAGGACAAAAACAUGUAAAAUGAGGUUAAAAUCCCUGAGAUGUGAAGGGGUUUUAUAUUCAGGUUGAAGGAUAUGUAAAUGUUAGCAUCUAAAAAUUGAACACAAGCCAGUUGUAUCCAUUCAAUAUGGAUAUGAAAUCAACAUACAUUCCUCGUUUCAUUACCCUGGCGUUAUAUUCAUAAUGCAAUAUGAUAGUCACACCAUUCUAGAAUAUGUACAUGUAUUUGUACUUAUCGCUAGUCAGUUCGUUACAAGUCUUUGUGGGGAAAAUAUAUUAAAAGUGCCAAAAAUUAUGUACAUACCUGUAGUAUAUAAUACACAUAUCCUUAGAUCUCUGUAGCUAUUUCAUGAUUUCUUGAACCGGUUUCCCAUGGAAGGAGUGAAUGGGUACUGUCAUAAUGGGUGUCACCUGUAGCUGUAGUACAAUGCAUUGCACUGCAUGCACUGCUAGUUUUGCCUGUUCGGCAUAAUCAAUAUCCUCAUGUGACUAAAUUUUCUAGCUAAAAAAAGAAGCCGUUCAUUUCAUACGUUUCAUACGUACACACAAUUUUUCUGAUUGAAAGUAUACCCCUUGUUACACAUACAUAUAGCUCUAUCGCCGAAACUACCACCUGCGUACGUAUGCAAGAAUAUCGACUGUCGAUACUGGCGAAUGUAGCCGGGCCUUUGGCCCAGUUGAUGUCGUCUCCUGCAUCAUACUCAAAAUGAAUACUUGUUUUUGUGCGAAUGUGAUUCAAUAUCGUUUGUUUUUUCGUACUUGUUAAUAUUACGAAUUUCCGCGAGUAAAGAUAUUCAAAGCAAUGUGAACAUACCAUGUGUUCUUACGGAUGUGUGUAUUUUUUAUGCUGUUGCUGAAUAUAAUAGGCACUAUGUGAUUGUUAAAUGUUUUGAGUUUUUCAAAAAAGAGUUGAUAAAUCAUUCGCUCUAACUGCUGUGAAAAUAUAUGCAUGUUUGUAAAUAAUAAAGUCUAGAUACACUUUCAAGUAGCAACCAGAAUUUUGCCUAUUUGACCUGUUGGAUGGCGACCCUGGUCUCCUGCAUGUUCUAACUUGUCGGCUUUUUAUAUACUUUUGAUUUUGGAAUAAACUGUUGA